AGCACCGCGAUAUCCACCCUGCACCCCUACCAUCUCGCAAGACCACAUCUCAUAUCAGCCUCUCCCGGACCAUGCAUCCCUACGCGCACCACCACUGGCACGGUUUCCGCCAUCGGCGCGGUGGGCGCAUCGUGUGGUUUGCCAUCGGCGCCACUGUCGCUACGUUCUGGCACAAGUCGCACGAAGCGCACGAGUGGAGGGAACAGCACUGCUGGCGCAAAUGCAUCCCGCGCGAGGCGUACGCUCCGCCGCCCGGCCCUGUUCCUGCAAACUUGACGCCUGUCACUUCCGACGACGCUGCGGGCUCCUCGAAGAUCGAACUCGACCGGCAGAGGUGGGGCUGGGCCUGGAACUCAGAGAAGGGAUGGAAGUCGUGGGGGAACCCGCCGCUGUCGCGUGACGGCGCCUUCCCUCCGCAUGUUCCACCGACGCCCAUGCCUUCGGAUCGUAACGACGAGGACUUGAAGCGGAUGCAAGCCCUUGGGAAGCAAGCGACCGACACUAUCGCCGAGCUUUCAGAAGCCACACUGGACUCGGUCCUCGCAACCGUGCGGAGUCUCAAGACGAAACUGGCGGAAGCACGUCUUCAGCGUGAGCAACACUUGCAGCAGAUCCAGGCCCUCAAGGAAGAGCAAUACAAGAUGUUCGAGGAGUGGCAGAAGCAGCGAGAGCAGCAAGCCCAGGCAGAACAGGCCAAAGAGCAAGCUACGAAGCCGAGACAUAUGGUCUGACAGUUUUGUUCAAGCUAUCACUAUGUACGGCAUACUACUACUAUUUCCGGAUCUCCUGUCGUUUCAUGCCUCCUCACACUGCUCAUGGACAAACUUCUCUUUGCUGUGGAACAUUGUUGUAGCAGUAUCCGUAUAAAUGCGGGGCGUUUCACGUAGAUCUGACUAGGGACACUGUUGUCCCACUUGAAUAGGUUCUGUUUCGAUCUGGUACUGUCAAUAUCGAUGUUUAGCUAGCGGCCUUGAAACCCCUAGAGGCCGAAAUAUACACGUUCAUUGACAC